GGCGGUGAUACUGUGCAACACGGGUAUUGCGUUACUGGCAUACAUGGAUGGAGUCACGAGAACCAUGACGCUCGGCGGAGUGGUGCUCUCGGCAGCCGCGGCUGCCGGCUCCGGAGUGUACAAAGUGACGUUCAAGAAGCUCAUAGGCGACGUGUCGUUCGGUCAGCUGUCGCUGUUCUUCAGCCUAAUCGGCUUCCUGAACCUGCUGCUCAUGUGGCCAGUCUUGCUGGCGCUGUACCUGUUACGCUUCGAGACGAUCGUGUGGAGCCGCAUGCCCUGGGGAAUGCUCGCCGGCGCAGGCGCACUUUCGUUACUAUCAAAUUUGCUGGGGAAUUUCGGCAUCAUCUGGACUUUUGAAAUAUUCCUCACAUUAGGACUUGCGUUUGCAGUGCCAAUUUCUGCGAUCGUAGACGUGUACAUCUACGAGGUGAUGUUCGAGGGCAUGAAGCUGGCCGGAAUCUUGCUCAUCCUGAUCGGCUUCAUGCUGGUGCUGCUGCCGGAGGACUGGCCCGACUACCUGACCAUGAUUCUGCGCUACCGACGGAGCAGCCGCCGGCGCCGAACAGUCGCGAAGAAGCCUACGCAGGACACCACCACGGGACACCGCUCCCGCCUGAGGACGCCGUCUGGUCGCAUCAAGUAGCGCUUGGACGGGUUUGAGCUCGGGGACCUGCUCAGAGUUCAAAUCCAGAACAAACGACUAGAGCAGACGGCGCACUUCAGCGUCGACAUGGCCAGUACGGUGUACGGCGGCCAGAGAACUCCGGACAGCGAAGCGCACGAGUACAUAUUCUAAUGAGGCAGUGAGUGGUGCGCGCAGAGUUGCCUCCCUUUGAAGGCAACCACGUUGAUGCUGCGCACAAUGCGACGGUGCUGUCGUUCGCGCUGUCUCGGACAAGUUGUGUGCAGAACUGGUAUCGGCAGUGCGUCAUGCUGACGAAGAAUCGCGGGGCUGUUGUUACUGCCACUCAACGUUGCUCGAGAGAUGUUUCGGCUACAUUGCAGUGAAGACCAUGCUGUGUUGAUGCGCGUAGAGGUGCGCGCAAACUUCGGCUGAAAAUUGGGGAGAAGGACGCCGAAGUUGGACUUGUUUGUUUGAAGGGAUAAUGGUACGAGAAGAGCGUGUUGGUGGUGAACGAACGUUAGCGUUGGAUAGUCGAGCGUUUCUUGUUAGAUUAUUACUGCGAGAGUCUAGGAGGCAGUUGUUGAGCGCACGCGGUGACGUUGACGUUUCGGUGACUUUCCUUUUUGGUCGUUCAGCGUAAUGCGGUGCUCAAGUCUGUAAGUUUGCAGUGAAGUGUGUUUCCAUGAGCACUAACAACUUGCACUUGUUUGAUAACCAAGGAAGAGCUGCAAUAAUAUGCGUGUCACGUUGAUGUCACAAAAGCAUCCACAUCUGAGUCAAUGCAACCGAGCUACUUGCCGAUAUUUCUUCUAGCGAUCAACAGAAUACUGGUAUCUUCAAUCAACGUAUUGCACUUUUCUUGCUGCCCCAUUACCUCAAAUCUAGAUUUUUCACACUUUGUUAUCGCUUUAUUUGAUAUUCCCAUCUGUCACUUGCUAUUUGGGUGGCAAUACGAUGUUCGCCGUAAAUGUAGCGAAACUUGGUACUAACGUUAGAAAGAAGGUUCCCAUGUGUUUUAUUUUAUCUGCCUUUAAGUAAUAUAUUUUCUCUAUCAAAAAUUUAUAUCACCAAAAAGAAAUGAUCUGAGCUGCAGCAUGAACUGUGAGCACUUGCUAUCUCUAGUCAGUGGAUGAAUAUCAUUGUCUGAGCCUGGCACCGUGAAUGUCAUGGGCAAGUUAAAAAAAAGUAAACGUCGUAUUGCUUGAUGUAGGAAUGUUGAGAGAUCAGGUAAGGGACACACCAGAUCUGUAAGGUGCAUGUAUUUAUUUUCCAUAACGCAUAAUUGUCUCACUUUUGCGGUUCACUUUAAUUUGUUCACUGCACAUUGCCGGCAGUGGCAACGUCAUGCACACAGCAAGCUGCGCGGUAGCGUUGCUUUCAUCAUGGCUAAAAUAAAGACUGCAAGCCCGGUACGCGUGAUAAAAAAAGAGUGUUCUGGUUUUCCUUUGUCCCGAUGAAUGACAGAUCAUAUCUUCAAAAGAAACAAAGAGUGUGCAAGGUCGAUUCAAAUAGGUCGCGAAGCUUCGGGCGAAAAGCGGUUCAGUACAGAUUGUCACCGACAUCAGCAUGGGGGGUUAUGGGAGCAGCGAUUGAAGCGCGACUAUGUUUGGAGGGAACAAAUAUUGGGAAAGAAAAACGCGUUUUUAAUUCAAACGAGACACAGUUAGAU